CAGUAGUUCACUUCACUAUCAGCGAGGAUGCAGAAAAUAAUUUAUCAAAGAGAACUCGACCGCGUGCCUGAUUUGUUCGUGUCGUAGAUUAUGCUAAUAAAUCGAAAAAUGAACUAUAAGUUUGACCGGGGUUAUGAUCAUAGUAUACUCCCUCUGAAUAAGUGAUAAAAGUUUGCUUUGUGUAACAAUAUUAUUUUAUACGUAGAUAGUCAAGAUCAAAUUACAGUUUUAAUAGAAUUGAUGUUCAAAAGCCUUUCAUCGGAUUGUUAUCGUAUGAAAGAAUCAAAUAAUAUCUUGGAAAAUGGAUUUGGAACCAAAGGAAAACUCAGAACUACUGACUAAAGUACGUAAUGCAGAGUUGAGAAGUGCCGAGAUACCUAAGCCCGAAACAAAUGGAAAUGUGCGUGGAAAUAAUGAUGAGUUCGCAAGAGGUCCCCCUGAUGGGGGGUUCAGAGCAUAUUCUGUGCUGGUGGGCUCAUUCCUCACAAAUGGCCUUCUUUUUGGUGUGAUAAAUUCAUAUAGUGUGAUAUAUACAGUGAUGUCAGAACAACUAAAGGAACAAAAUGUACCAAACUUUGAGAGCAAAGCAUCUCUGGUGGGCAGCCUGGCGAUGGGAACAACGUUCCUGCUGUCGCCGCUGUCGGGCGUGCUGACUGCGGUGAUGGGGCUGCGCCGCACUGCCGUGCUCGGUGGCACCAUCGCUGCCUCUGGCCUGCUUCUAUCCUCUUUCGCCACCGACCACGUUGAUAUUCUGUGCUUCACUUAUGGGGUCCUAUAUGGACUAGGCGCCUCUCUCGCCUACACGCCCUCCCUCGCCAUUCUCGGCCACUAUUUCAAAAAAUAUCUUGGCCGCGUCAAUGGCAUCGUCACCAUAGGCAGUUCUAUUUUCACAGUCAUGAUGCCUCCUCUUAUGAAACAUCUUAUUGAAGACUACGGGCUCGACUGGAUGUUCAGAGUCCUAGCUAUAUUUACAUUUGGAAUUGCGCUUUGUGGUCUUUUAUUUAAACCUAUUCCUUUAUUGGUUAUAGAAAAACCAUUAAACGAAGAUAACUGUACCUCACUUAUUAAAACUAUAGUGAGUGUUGAAAUUUGGAAAAAUAAGAAGUAUAGAUUGUGGGCGCUGUCGAUGCCCGUGGCACUAUUCGGAUACUUUGUACCUUACGUGCACAUAGGCAAAUUCGUUGAAACUUUCGAUAAAGUAUACAACAAUGUACCCAUACAAUGCAUAGCGGCCACUUCUGGGGUAGGAAGACUGGUUUUCGGAUUCCUCGCGGAUAAGCCUGGUAUCGACAGAAUUCUGUUGCAGCAGAUUUCGUUUUACGUCAUAGGAAUUCUGACGAUUAUUUUGCCAUUUGUUAAUUCCUUUGCAUUUAUAAUUGUUAUUUCGUUAGGAAUGGGCGUGUUCGACGGCGCAUUUAUUGCCCUGAUUGGGCCUAUAGCGUUUGAGUUAGUUGGCGGUGCCCACGCGGCGCAGGCUAUCGGUUGCAUGUUGGGUCUUGCGGCGGCUCCGCUGUCCGUCGGUCCGCCGUUCGCAGCCUAUCUGCGUCGUUUAUAUGAUUCCUAUACCUUGCCAUUCGUCCUCGCCGGCAUUUCUCCGCUGGUUGGCGCCACUCUCAUGUUUACCAUACGUCUUUAUCGCAAGCCAGGAAAUCAAAAACGCCAGAAUCGAGACAACAACGGUAGUAGCAUUAACGGGAAAUCAUCUUCAAAUGAUAUUGAAAAACUUUCGGGAUCUGGCCUUCUUCAAAAUGGCGGUAAUCACCAUGAUCGGAUGGUUAAUACUUCUUUAUAACGAGAUAAAUUUUGGCUUUAAGUAGCCGAAACAACGCAACUGCCGAACACAUUUCAGAAAACGCAAAAUGUCAGGUAUAUAGAUGUAAGUUAUAUUUAUAUACUUAGGUAGAUGGGUAUGCAAUACCGUAUUUGUACAAACGCAAGUUUUGUGCCAGUAGUUGUAAAUUAUUUCAGUGAUAAAAAAUGUGAAAAAACAAUCGUAGAUAGGUUUAAAAAAAUGCCUGCUGUAAUGGAUCAGCCAUUUG